AUGAAGUUGACAAAUCAGUCAGAGGUACCUGUUUAUACCAUCUCGGGCUCAAACACCGCCCGCCCCUUACCCGAAUGGCUCGCUCGGCGUCGCAAGCGCAGUCUGAAAGAUGAUCCUGAAUACGCAAAUCGCAUCGAGCUGCUCCAAGAUUUUGAAUUCGAGGAAGCCAGUCAGUGUAUUCAGGUCAGUGAAGAUUGGGAAUGGGUCAUGAGUACAGGCACAUACAAACCCCAAAUUCAUGUCCACCAACUGUCGCAGCUUUCUCUAUCCUGGGCCCGACACACCGUCGCGCUCAACACCAAAUUUAUUCUGCUUUCCUCUGAUUACUCUAAAUCUCUACACCUCCAAGGCGAUCGCUCGCUCGAGUUCCACACUCCCCAAGGCUGCCAUUACACCACCCGGCUCCCGCGUUACGGACGUGACAUCGUUUACGACCGGCAAUCAACAGAGGCGCUCAUCCCGUCAGUGGGUGUUAAUGAAAAUGGGUUGGGUGAGGUUUUCCGCAUGAACCUGGAGCUGGGAAGGUACAUGCGAUCGUUUGAGAUCGAAGUUGGAGGCGAUGACUUUACAUCCGCAGGCGGGGGUGCCUUACAAGGCGGAAUUAAUACUGGAUCGGUCAACACCGGUGCUAUUGCGGAGGAGAGUCACAACCUGCUCGCUUUCGGCACAUCGAUAGGGACAGUGGAGCUGUGGGACCCUCGAGCCAAAGGUCGAGCUGGAAUCCUCAUGCCGCCUACGCAAUCUGUAGGCGACGAGACACGCUCUGAGAUCACGGCACUUGAAUUCCACCGCAACGGAUUGACGCUCGGAACAGGCGCUUCCAACGGUCUGAUCCAUCUCUAUGAUCUUCGAUCACCCGUACCACUGCUCAAGAAGGAUCAGGGUUACGGUUUCCCCAUCCACACCCUCAAAUUCCUUUUGCCAUCUACGGAAACUCGUGAGGCUACCAUGGACCCCAAGAUUAUGUCUGCCGACAAGCGGAUUAUCAAGAUCUGGGACCCGCGAGAUGGUUCACCUUGGACUUCUGUGGAACCAGCCGUGGACAUCAACGAUGUGGCUUGGUGCAAAGACAGCGGAAUGCUUCUGACUGCCAACGAGGGCCGCCAGCAGCACUCAUUCUUCAUUCCCCAACUCGGCCCUGCGCCCAAGUGGUGCUCCUUCCUGGACAACCUGGUCGAAGAGAUGGCCGAAGAUCCCAACGACCCCAACGCCUUCACCAGUGCACAGGCUGGUUCCGUGUACGACAACUUCAAGUUCUUGACCGUUCCUCAGCUCCGUACACUUAACUUGGAGCACCUCAUUGGCCGGACCAACCUUCUCCGCCCUUACAUGCAUGGUUACUUCGUUGCUCAGCGUCUGUAUGAGGAGGCUCGCUUGAUCACGAAUCCGUUCAUUUGGGAAGAGGAGCGGGCCAAGCGCGUCAAGGAGAAAAUUGAUCAGGAGCGCGAGAGUCGUAUUCGUGGGAAGAAGAAGGCCGCCGUCAAGGUCAAUAAGAAGCUUGCCGAGAGACUUCUCGAAGCCGAGGAGAAGGCCGAACGCCGCAAGGCGAGGAAGGUUCUUGAGCGCGGUGGUGACGUUGAUAUGGUCGAUGCUCCCACCCCUGCUGCUGACAACGCCGAGAAUGCCGAAACUACAGAGAAGAAAAAGAAGGGUGUCUUGGGCGACAGCCGUUUCAACAAGCUAUUCGAGGAUGAGGACUUUGCUGUUGAUGAGAACUCGUUCGAGUUCAAGCUCAUCAACCCAAGCACGAUUCCCGACGCUCUUCCUAAGAAGGAACGCGGAUUGACUGCCGUGGAGCAGGAAGCUAUCGAUGAGGUCCCCAACUCCAGCGAUGAUGAGGACUCCGACUCCGAAGCCGAAACCCACAAACCCGUCAGAGAAAAGGCCUCGAACAAGAUUUCCACCGUGGAUUAUAAGCGUACCAAGCGCCCACCGCCCCGAAUGCAAGUCUCCUCCUCCACAAACACGACCUCCACGCGGGAUCGAUCCUUCGGUUCUCGUGCCCAGAACAUGAAGACCAAGCAAAGGCCAGUUCGCCAGAACGGUGUCACUGGUGAGCGCGAGGUCAGCUUCAUGCCGGCUUCCAAGUCCAAGAAGCAAAAGCCCGAAGUCCAGUACGACAAGACCGAGUUCAAGCGGAAGGAGCGUCGUAGCGCCUCGGGCAACACGUUCCGUAAGAUGUAA